AUGGCGAUACUAGCCGAUGAACGCAUCGAGACAUCCCCCGUCACUGAUCAUGACAAUGAUCAUCCCAAAGACUCCAAUCUUGCCGACCAUGGUCACGACCACGACCCUUCUCUCCCUGACACCAAUACCCAGCAGUCCGGGGUGCGGGACAUGGAGGCCGUGACGGUGGCAUGGACCACGGGCGCGCUGGUGUUCGCCUACGUGAUGAUCUGGCUCACCUACUUCGUCGAGGGCAUGCUGGCGGGCACGGCGGGGGCCCUGACUCCCUAUGUCACCUCGGCCUUCGCCCUCCACUCACUCACGCCGACCGUGGGCAUCUUGAGCAGCGUCAUCGGCGGCGUGACCAACCUCACGCUGGCCAAGAUCCUCGACGUCUAUGGCCGGCCCCAGGGAUACCUCUUCUGCGUCCUCGUCGCCACGGUCGGGCUCGUCAUGAUGGCGGCCUGCAACAACGUCGAGGCCUACGCGGCCGCCCAGGUGUUCUACACGGUCGGGAACAAUGGCAUCCAGUACAGUUUGAGUGUCUUUGUGGCCGACACGUCGACGCUGCGCACCCGGGGGCUGAUGCAGGCGAUUGUCAGUUCGCCCAAUCUGAUCACCUGCUGGUUGGCCGGCCCCAUCUCCUCGGGCUUCCUGGACGGACCGGGUUGGCGCUGGGCCUUUGGCACGUUCACAAUCCUCGUCCCGGCCAUCACCCUCCCGCUGUACGGCCUGUUGCUAAAAAAUUACUGCAAGGCCCAGAAGCUGGGUCUUGUGCCCAAGACCGACAGCCAUCGCACGGGCCUGCAGUCAUUCUUCUACUAUGCUCGCCAGUUCGACGCGAUUGGUCUCAUCCUGCUCUCGGCCGGCGUCGCGCUGUUUCUCCUGCCGUUCAAUCUCUACACCAUGCAGGUCAGAGGCUGGGGCUCACCCUUGGUCAUCAGCAUGCUGGCGGUUGGCAUUGUUCUGAUCAUCGCCUUUGGGGCGUGGGAGAAAUUCUUCGCCCCGAUCACCUUCAUCCCCUACUCUGGCCUCCUGGAUCGGACCGUCUUGGGCGCCUGCAUCCUGUCCGCCACUCUGUUUGUCAGUUACUCAUGCUGGAGCAGCUACUUCAGUUCCUUCCUGCAGGUGGUGAAUGACCUGAGCGUCCAAGACGCCAGCUAUGUCGUCCAGACGUAUACAGUCUGCUGCGUCGUCUGCGGCAUCGCCGUGGGAGCGCUGAUCCACUACACCGGACACUUCAAGCCCGUCUGCAUGUAUGUCGGUAUCCCGUUGAGUAUCCUCGGGCUGGGUCUGAUGAUCUACUUCCGCCAGCCCGACGGCCACAUAGGAUACAUAGUCAUGUGCCAGAUCUUCGUUUCCAUCGCCGCCGGCACCGUCAUCAUCUGCGACGAGAUUGCCAUUCUGGCCGCGGCUUCGCACCAACACACCGCCGUCUGCCUGGCCAUAUUGGGCAUGUUUGGAAAUGUCGGUGGCGCCAUCGGCCUGACGGUCGCCUCGGCCAUCUGGCAAGGCGUCUUCCCCAAGAAGCUCGGCGAUUACCUUCCUGUCCACGAGCUCCCCAAUCUGCCGCUGAUCUACGCCGAUCUCACCACUCAGCUGUCGUACCCGGUUGGCUCCGAGACGCGUCGGGCCAUCCAGCAUGCCUACGGGGACGCUCAGAUGAUGAUGUUGGCCGCCGGCACCGCUGUAUGGGUAGUCGGAGCCGCCGGGGUCAUCAUGUGGCGAAAUAUCAACGUCAUUGGUAUCAAGCAGACCAAGGGUCAUGUUUGGUAG